AUGCCUCCUAAGCGUGUAAAUCCACAUCGUAUACCAGAUGAGAUUCUUAAUGACCCUGAAUUGAAUGCAGUGAUUAGUAAUGGUCUGCCAAACAAUUACAACUUCGAAGUACAUAAAACAAUAUGGCGAGUUCGUUUUCUUAGGGCAAGACGCGUGGCCUUGCAGAUGCCCGAAGGCUUGCUUCGUUUUGCCACAAUUCUCUGUGAAAUUUUGAAGCACUUUGGGUCAAAAAAGUAUGAUUUCGAUGAACAGACAGUCACUAAAAAGUAUAACAAUGAUUUUAAUCCUGAAAUUGAUACUAUUGUCAUGGGUGAUGUUACCUAUGGUGCUUGCUGUGUGGAUGACUUUUCCGCUAAAGCGAUGGGAGUUGAUUUACUUGUACAUUACGGUCACAGUUGUCUCAUUCCCGUCGAAGAUAUUUCUUUUCUGUAUGUUUUCGUGGAUAUCAAGUUCGAUGUUGGGCAUUUCAUUGACAGUGCCAAGAAUGUCUUUCCUCACAACUCAACUCUUGCCCUAUUUUCGACAAUCCAGUUUGUUUCUAGCCUACCAGCUAUCAAAGAAUCUCUUGAGAACUGUGAGUUCAAAGUCAUUGUUCCACAAAGAAUGCCCCUUUCUCCUGGUGAAUUACUGGGGUGUACUUCGCCUAAAGUCUCGGGAGUGGAUUUUAUGGUUUUUAUUGGUGAUGGACGUUUUCAUCUUGAAUCAGCAAUGCUUGCAAAUCCUACGUUAACCGCAUACAUGUAUGACCCCUAUAACAAAAUCCUCACUGUGGAAUCAUAUGAUCAUGCUCGAAUGAGAUCGAUGCGUAAACUAGCGAUUGAAAAAGCGAAGUCGGCGAAAUGUUUUGGAAUAAUUUUGGGCACAUUAGGGCGUCAAGGUUCACCUCCAGUUGUAGAGGUUUUGCAAAAACGGAUGGAUGAAUUGUCGAUCAAAUCCUACAUUGUUCUCCUCUCGGAAAUCUUUCCGGACAAGUUGAAACUAUUUGGAGAUAAAAUCGAUGCCUGGGUGCAGGAGUUUAGUUCAAUUGGUAAUAAGUUGGUCACAAGAAUGUAG